AUCCUUCACUCGCUUCUCCCAUAACGGAUCUACUUUCAACUGGAAAAUCAGUACCGAAGCAGAGAUUCGUGAUUUCGGCGGUCGUCGGAUGAAUAGAAUGCCCCAGUGAGGAUAAUACUCCAAGCUUCUGAACCAGCCAAGGAAUUUCAGGCUGCCCGUUUGCGAGAUCGGAGACUGCGGGAGGCUUCGCAGUGCUCUCUGACUCUCUGCACGAAUGAAGACCCGUUUUAGAUCCGGGUUCUGCGUUUUUGUGGUUCUUGCUUGUGCAAUCCUUUGCCUGUCCAUUUCUGCUGAUGCUCAAAGUCGGAGGCCAAAGAACGUGCAGGUUGCAGUUCGGGCUAAGUGGUCCGGAACACCAUUGCUUCUGGAAGCUGGUGAACUACUCUCUAAAGAACGGAAAAAUCUUUUCUGGGAAUUCAUUGAGGUUUGGCUUCUUGUUGAGAAGGAGGAUGUUGAUUCUCACUCAGCCAAGGAUUGUGUUAAGAAAAUUUCAAAAUAUGGUAGUUCUCUUUUAAGUGAACCAUUGGCAUCCUUAUUUGAGUUCUCCUUGACUCUAAGAUCUGCAUCCCCGAGAUUGGUGCUUUACCGGCAACUAGCAGAGGAGUCUCUUUCUUCUUAUCCACUGGCUGAUGAUACUGACUCAACUGAUGCAAAUGAGGGCGAGAUAAGUGAGAUGACAACUGCAAAGAAAUCAGACCCGUUUCUUGUUGGUAUGAAUCCAAAAAGUCCUGGUGGAAAAUGUUGUUGGGCGGAUACUGGUGGGGCACUGUUGUUUGAUGUCGCAGAGCUGCAACAGUGGCUUCAAAGCCUGACAAAGCUCAGUGGAGACACAUUUCAGCAGCCUGAGUUAUAUGAUUUUGAUCAUGUAUAUUUUGGUUCAAGUAUUGCGGGUCCAGUUGUUAUUCUGUAUGGAGCCCUUGGAACUGAAUGCUUCAGGGAGUUCCAUGUGAACCUUGUUAACGCGGCCAAGGAGGGAAAAGUUAAGUACGUUGUCAGACCAGUUUUAACUUCUGGGUGCGAAGCUGAAGUUGGUCAGUGUGGAGCUGUUGGUAUCAGAGAUUCCUUAAACUUGGGUGGCUAUGGCGUAGAGCUUGCUCUGAAGAAUAUGGAAUAUAAAGCCAUGGAUGAUAGUGCCAUAAAGAAAGGUCUAACCCUAGAAGACCCUCGGACUGAAGAUCUUAGCCAAGAAGUUAGAGGAUUCAUUUUCUCUAAAAUACUGGAACGCAAACCAGAGCUUACUUCUGAGAUAAUGGCCUUUAGAGAUUAUCUUCUGUCAUCAACAAUAUCUGAUACAUUGGAUGUUUGGGAGCUAAAGGAUUUAGGGCAUCAAACUGCUCAGAGAAUAGUACAUGCGUCUGAUCCAUUACAAUCAAUGCAAGAAAUCAACCAAAACUUUCCCAGUGUAGUUUCUUCAUUAUCUCGCAUGAAGCUUAAUGAUUCAAUCAAAGAUGAAAUAGUUGCAAACCAGAGGAUGAUCCCUGCCGGCAAGUCCUUAAUGGCACUUAAUCGUGCUUUGAUCAAUAUCGAAGAAAUUGACCUUUAUAUGUUGAUUGACUUGGUACAUCAGGAGUUAUCUUUGGCAGAUCAGUUUUCAAAGUUGAAGAUUCCUCGUGAUACUAUAACUAGUCUCUUAUCAACUUUGACUCCUCCUGAGUCAGACAUGUUCCGAGUUGAUUUUCGUUCUGAUUAUGUUCAUUAUCUCAAUAACUUGGAGGAGGAUGCUAUGUAUAGGCGUUGGCGAACCAAUAUCAAUGAGAUUUUGAUGCCUGUCUUUCCUGGCCAACUACGUUACAUCCGUAAAAACCUGUACCAUGCAGUUUAUAUUCUUGAUCCAGCCACCAUAUGUGGUCUUGAGUCCUUGGAUAUGAUUAAAUCCUUCUAUGAGAAUAGUUUUCCUGUGAGAUUUGGGGUUAUUCUAUAUUCGACAAAAUUCAUAAAGAAGAUAGAAAUGAGUGGUGGUGAACUUCUUUCAUCUGCUUUUGAGGAUGACAGUCAAAUUGGGGAUAAAUCGACUUUGAUUAUACGACUUUUCAUUUAUAUCAAGGAAAACCAUGGGACUCAAACAGCAUUUGAGUUUUUGAGCAAUAUUAAUAGGUUACGGAUGGAAUCAGAUGAGCAAUCAGAUGAUGCUCUUGAAAUGCAUCAUAUUGAAGGAGCUUUUGUUGAUACAUUAUUGUCAAAAGUGAAGUCCCCACCACAAGAUAUCUUACUCAAGCUGGAAAAGGAGCAAACCUUUAAGGAACUGUCUCAAGAGAGCUCCAUGUUUGUUUUCAAGUUGGGUUUGGCCAAGCUGCAGUGUAGUCUCUUGAUGAAUGGUCUGGUCUUUGAUUCUACCGAGGAGGCACUUGUAAAUGCCAUGAAUGAUGAGCUUUCCAGAAUACAAGAACAAGUUUACUUUGGGCAUAUAAAUUCUAACACUGACAUACUGGACAAAUUCCUAUCAGAAGGUGGUGUUAGUCGCUAUAAUCCACAGAUAAUUGGUGAUGGCAAGGUCAAGCCAAGGUUUGUAUCUCUGGCUUCAUCUGUCCUUGAUGGGGAAUCUCUGCUUAAUGAUGUUAACUACUUGCAUUCUCCUGGAACUGUUGAUGAUUUGAAGCCAGUUACUCAUCUUCUUGCCGUUGAUGUCACAUCAAAGAAAGGGAUGAAGUUACUUCAUGAAGGAAUUCAUUACCUGAUUCAAGGGUCUAAGGUUGGUCGUGUUGGUGUCUUAUUUACUGCUAGUGAGAAUUCUGAUUUAAUCAGUCUCCUCUUUGUCAAGACAUUUGAGAUCACUGCAAGCUCAUUUAGUCAUAAGAAGAAAGUCUUAGACUUUUUGGAUCAACUAUGCUCAUUUUAUGAGCUUAAUUACAUUCCCCAAUCUUCCACAAGAGCUGAAAGCACUCAAGCUUUCAUUGAUAAAGUCUGUGAGCUUGCUGAGACACAUGAGUUGUCAUCAAAGGCCUACAAAGUGUCUCUUCCAGAAUUGUCUGAUGAGAAAUUGACAACAUAUUUGAAUAAGGUGCCAAAAUUUUUGUGUAGACUUGGGAUUGAGUCUGGCGCUAAUGCGGUCAUCACUAAUGGGAGGGUAACAUACCUUACUGAUCAAGGGACAUUUAUGAGCCAUGAUUUGCAUCUUCUGGAGACAGUUGAGUUCAAGUACAGAAUAAAGCAUAUUGUGGAUUUUAUUGCGGAAAUUAAUUGGCAAGAACAAGAUCCUGACAAAAUUACAAGUGAAUUUGUUAGUGAUACUAUUAUGUUCGUGUCAUCUUCAAUGGCUAUGCGAGAUCGAAGUUCUGAAAGUGCUCGUUUUGAGAUUUUGAAUGCAGAAUAUAGUGCUGUUGUUAUAAAUAAUGAGAAUUCUAGUGUGCAUAUCGAUGUGGUUAUUGAUCCUUUAAGCCCAGCUGGCCAGAAACUAUCCUCACUUCUUCGAGUGUUGGCAAAGUAUGUUCAGCCAAGCAUGCGGAUUGUCUUAAAUCCAAUGAGUUCCCUUGUUGAUCUUCCUCUAAAGAAUUAUUACAGAUACGUUGUCCCAACCAUGGAUGAUUUUAGUGGUAUUGAUUACACAGUAAAUGGUCCCAAAGCAUUUUUUGCAAAUAUGCCACUUUCCAAAACUCUCACCAUGAAUCUGGAUGUUCCUGAGCCAUGGCUUGUUGAGCCAGUCAUUGCUGUGCAUGACCUCGAUAACAUUUUGCUUGAGAACCUUGGUGACACAAAGACAUUACAAGCAGUUUUUGAACUUGAAGCUCUUGUUCUUACUGGUCAUUGUUCCGAGAAAGAUCAUGAACCCCCUAGAGGCCUACAAUUAAUUCUUGGAACUAAGACCACACCUCACUUGGUUGAUACUAGUGUGAUGGCCAACUUAGGCUAUUGGCAAAUGAAAGUCUCUCCUGGUGUUUGGUACUUACAACUUGCUCCUGGUAGAAGUUCUGAGCUAUAUGUUCUAAAUGAAGAUGGUAAUGGAUCUCAGAGCAAGUCUUUGUCAAAACGCAUUACUAUAAAUGAUUUGCGGGGUAAAGUAGUUCAUCUGGAGGUGAUAAAGAAGAAGGGCAAGGAGCAUGAAAAAUUGCUGGUUUCAGCCGAUGAUGACAACCAUUCGCAAGGAAAAGCAAGAGGACAGGGUAGCUGGAACUCAAACCUUCUCAAGUGGGCUUCUGGUUUCAUUGGUGGUGGUGAGCAAACAGAAAAGCAGAAGAACACUUUGGUGGGGAAGGGUGGACGACAUGGAAAGACAAUUAACAUAUUCUCUAUUGCUUCAGGACACCUAUAUGAACGCUUCCUUAAAAUCAUGAUUCUUAGUGUACUAAAGAAUACUCACCGUCCAGUAAAAUUCUGGUUUAUAAAGAACUAUCUCUCACCACAAUUUAAGGAUGUGAUUCCUCAUAUGGCCCAGGAAUAUGGCUUUGAGUAUGAACUUAUUACCUACAAGUGGCCUACAUGGUUGCAUAAGCAGAAAGAAAAGCAGCGAAUUAUUUGGGCAUAUAAGAUUCUGUUCCUUGAUGUUAUAUUUCCCUUGUCCUUGGAAAAGGUUAUAUUUGUUGAUGCUGAUCAAGUUGUUAGGGCAGAUAUGGGAGAGCUCUAUGACAUGGAUAUUAAAGGAAGACCUUAUGCAUAUACUCCUUUUUGUGACAACAAUAAGGACAUGGAUGGUUAUCGAUUUUGGAGACAAGGUUUCUGGAAAGAACAUUUGCGGGGCAAAUCCUACCAUAUAAGUGCCUUGUAUGUGGUUGACUUGGUCAAAUUUCGUGAGACUGCAGCAGGAGAUAAUUUAAGAGUCUUUUAUGAAACUCUUAGCAAGGAUCCAAACAGUCUGUCCAAUUUGGAUCAGGAUCUUCCAAAUUAUGCUCAGCAUACAGUACCCAUUUUUUCGCUGCCCCAGGAAUGGCUGUGGUGUGAAUCAUGGUGUGGUAAUGCCACAAAGUUCAAGGCAAAGACCAUUGAUCUCUGUAACAAUCCAAUGACAAAGGAACCUAAACUUAAGGGUGCUAGAAGGAUAGUUUCAGAGUGGACAGAUCUGGACUCGGAGGCAAGACAUAUCACUGCCAAAAUCCUAGGUGAUGAUGAAGCAGAUAAUCCAGAGCCAGUUCCAUCUCCUAAUCAAUUGUCGACAUCAACAAGUCCAAGUCAAAGUGAAAGUUCUGUGGAAGAAGACCCAGAAUCUAAAGCAGAGCUGUGAGUACGUACAAAUUUUGAGUUUGAAGCGCAUCAAACUGCUUUGAAUAAUUCUUGGGCUACAAUUCAGCUAGUUGUUCUGUAAGCUGCCUUGAGGCAGUCACCACCCUGUACACUGCACGGAAGGAAGUUGACUCUUUACAUUCUUCUAGCUAAAAAGGGUAAAUGCGUUGAAGAUACUUAUUUCAGAGCUGAAUUUGUUUCAUUAUUCUUCAGAUGUUAAUUGACCUUCAGGCAUUGCAGUUAGAGUCCCUUACUUGAUAGACUAGAAGCCAUAAAAUUCACAAAGUUAGCCAUUUUUAUGCCAUGGAAGUAGCAGAUAGGCUAGGUCAGAAUGAAAAAAUUUUGUCACUGUUGCAUAUUGAGUUGAAGCCAACAAUGAUUCCGACAACUAUUAAAAUUUGCUUUUACUAAUAAACUGCUAAGUAGUUU